UGUUCCCGGCGGCGGCGGCGGCAGCGGCGGCGGCCGGGGUAGUGCGGGACAGAGGCGCGGGCGCGCGGAGCCCUAGGCGCCCGGGCGGAGCGCGGCGGCAGGCGCGCGGCCAGCUGCUGCCUCUGCGCCGCCCCGCGACUUCCGAGCGCGGGUCCCGGGCUUUGUCUUGUGCGCUGCCUCCUUAGUGACGGUCUGGGGGCUCCGGGUCGGCGGAAGGUGCUGUCCGGACGCCGCGGGGCCCGGGCCCGGACGCGACGCUCGGAAGGGAAGGGUUGGACAAAAAAAGACCAGAUGGCCAAACAACCUUCAGAUGUAAGUUCUGAGUGUGACAGAGAAGGUGGACAAUUACAGCCUGCAGAGAGGCCUCCUCAGCUCAGGCCUGGGGCUCCCACCUCUGUACAGAUCCAACCACAAGGUAAUCCUGAAGGCGAAGGGGAUCGCUGCCCACACGGCAGCCCUCAGGGCCCGCUGGCCCCACCGGCCAGCCCGGGGCCUUUUGCUACCAGAUCCCCGCUUUUCAUCUUUGUAAGAAGAUCUUCCCUGCUGUCUCGAUCCUCCAGUGGGUAUUUCUCUUUUGACACAGACAGGAGCCCGGCACCCAUGAGUUGUGACAAAUCAACACAAACCCCAAGUCCUCCUUGCCAAGCCUUCAACCAUUAUCUCAAUGCAAUGGCCUCCAUGCGGCAGUCUCAGGCUCUCCCUGCAGACCUGCGCCCAGAGAUGUGGAUCGCACAGGAGCUGCGGCGGAUCGGGGACGAAUUCAACGCCUAUUAUCCACGGAGGGUCUUUUUGAAUAAUUACCAAGCAGCAGAAGCCCAUCCCCAAAUGGUUGUCUUACGACUGUUGCGUUACAUCCUCCGUCUGGUGUGGAGGAUGCAGUGACGACGGGUUCCCUGCGGAGCCAAGAUGUGUGCAGACAUUUCACUUGUUCAAGUCGACAAGCACAGCGCCACGGCCUCCUGGUGCCGCUGCUACGCAACCAGCUGUUGUUCCUGGAGAGGCUGGUGUGUCCCGACACAUGGAGCUACGUGCGGGCUUGACCUUGUUGUGAAUGUAAAUGAGGAUUGAUACUCUUUUUUUAAAAAAUGUACAAAUCAUGGUUCUUUGGAGCAGGAUUUUAUGCAAGAGUGAUGUAAGAACAGUUUUUCAAAAAGGAAAUGGAAAUUUUUACCAACUCAUGAAUGAUUUUUGUACUAACAAUUUAAGAACCUGUUGCCUAUUCUCAGAGGAUUAUGUAAACUCUGCAGUGGAAACUGAGCCAGCUAAUUUCUAAAGCUGCCUUAGUUUAUUUUUAGAGGCUACUGUACAGAAUUUUUAAACGUGAGAGGUAUGUAUGAUAAUGGCCCCUCCCUCCCUGCCAUUGCCCCUCUCACCUUUUUUUUAAUCAUUACUACCAAAAAAUCCUUAGGAAAUGAAACUGAUUAAAGGGGCAAAGAGUCUUUUGUCAGCCUGUAUUGAUAUGCCACUCCCAUUUUGUAAAUAUGUACUUACCUCUUUAAAUUCAGUUCAUCUGACAAAAUUUCAGCCUCUUUUUUUGUGUUUUUCCUUAUUUCCUUUGGUGAUGCUUCUCCUGUCUGUCUCAGGCACUAUCUCAUCAAACUUGGAUGCACAAGUUUGGUCCAGUGUGUCUUCACGAUAAAGUAUAAGUGGCUCACAACGUGACUUAGAGUCUGCCUCUGUCACCCACAGGUCAGCCAGUCUGUUGGUAGCUUACUAACUGGGAAGUGCUGGGUGCUGGUUUUCAUGUGGUUGGGUGGGCUUGUGUUUUACAAGUGUUCUGAAGAGGUGAUAGUGGUAACGCAGAAACAGUAUUAGGGCCCUUGGCACUGUUGGCUUUUCUGGUUGCAUGUUUUUCCCCUCAUCACAGAAGGCACCCUCAGCAUGAGGUGCCAGGUGUCUGGCCCGCCCACCUGCAGCUGAAUUUGGCUACAGGUUUCCAAACUAGAGUCAUCGUAGGAGUUGGUACAGGCUGUGGACGGGGCUUUGGACAGCAGUUUCUUGGGCAUACUGGCUUUUCAUCCGACCCAGAGUUGAUCUGGCCUUUGAUGCCCACCACUUCGUUCCCACUCUUCUACAUCCACUUUGAACUACAGGCUUAAUUCUGCUUUGACCAGUGUCAUCAGUGUUCUACCAGGCAUAGGUCUGAAAUGGUCUCUCCUGGCAGAUGUCUACUUGUUCGUUUCUCUUGAGACAGUUGGGUUUGUCGGGCCUCCCUUUGUGCACCCUCCUCUUCCUCCAGCUGGCCUGUGAGAACUGCAGUGAGUCAGGGCCCACGAGCUGGACUGUGAUUUGAAAGGCAGUGAAACAACUGUGGGAAGACCUGAAAGAGAGAUUAGAGAGCAGGGAGGAGCGAAGGAAGGAAAGAAGGUGCAGAUCAUUCUGUGAACCCUCUAAUUCCUACAGUUUUUGAAACCUCAGAUCAUGAUACAACUUUUUAAAAGAGAUAAGUGAUUUUUCAGAUCAGUCAUCCAUGCCAACAACUAUUGUAUUUACUUUUG